UACAAGGCGACUGUUUUGUGACUGUGGACAUCAUGGUGUGGGAGGUGGUGACCCCAGUUGUGCUGUCCAGCGACCCCAAAAAUCACAAGGUCCAGGAGCCCGAGCCUGAGGCAGAACACACAGGAGUGAUUAUGGAUACAGAUGGAGACCAAUCACAUGACCUGCUCCACUGUGAGGAACACUUCUCCUCCUCACCUGUCUACCCCACCAGUGACAGUUUCAUGGAAUAUGACGACCUGCCAGAUCUAGAGGAGGUUCAGGAGGAGGCAGAGCCAACAGCACCACCCGUUUACCAGGUGGAGAUGGGUGUGUCACACCAGGAGCGACAUGCACAUUCAGAAGCACGUAGCCCACAGCCUCCUGACACACACUGGCUGACGCAGCUGGCUCACAUCGCCACUGGGCCCCAGAGCCCACUGUUACAGGACUGUCCUCACAGCAGCUCCUCUGUGGUCUGCAUCUCCAGCAACAGCAGUGAUCUACAUUCCUAUGCCCGGCCUCCUCCUCCUCUCCCCAGCAGCAGCAGCCUGUCGCCCCCCAGAGGUCACAGCAGGGAGCGUCGACGCAGCAGGACGAGCAGUGAAUGUGGCUCCGCAGUGUCAACCAGAUCCUCCCUCUCUGAUGAUGAAGACAUGGGCUGGAGCUUCUCCUGGCCAGCUACCGCCUGGCACUGUUUUCUUAAAGGCACUCAUCUGCGUUUCCACAGCGGCUGUAAUGUGGAGUGGCAGGACGCUGAGGAGUUGGAGUCUGCUGAGGAAGACUCUUGUGAUGAGGACCAGUCCAGAUCUCUGAAGAGUUAUGGCUCUGAGGGCCUGCAGCUGGUGGAGCACUCAGAGGUCGUGUUGUCUGGUCAGGCCGUCCUGCAGCUGACCUUUGACCCCGGUGCAUUUGGACACACCCGCAUGACUGCCAGGUGCCAACUUGACCACCCCUUCUAUGUGAAACACAAAGGGUGGUCAUCCUUCUACCCAAGCUUGACUGUGGUGCAUUAUGGGAUACCAUGCUAUGAAGUGGAGGUGGGAGAUGUGUGCCUGCCUCCAGGACACAGAGAUGCCAAACACACAGAUGACUCACUGGUCUUUGACGCCUUUAGGAGUCAUGACUUCACUCCUCUGGACUCCUCUGCGGUGUACGUGUUGAGCAGUAUGGCCAGACGGCGGCGCGCCUCCCAGUCCAGUGGGGGAGCUGCUUCUCCAGACAGAGACAUGUGUCAAAGUAGAGAUGUCCACAGUCCCCGCCACUCCCGCUCUCCUCAUCCAAAGCCAACCAAGAGCCAGCACGCCGGUGCACAGGGAGGUAGUAACGCCGCGCCCACGAGGUGCAAGCGGCCAAUGAACGCCUUCAUGCUCUUUGCCAAGAAGUUCAGGGUGGAGUACACACAGAUGUACCCAGGCAAGGACAAUAGAGCGAUCAGCGUCCUCCUUGGUGAGCAUUGGAAGAAAAUGCGAAGUGAGGAGCGCCGGGCGUUCACCCUACAGGCCAAAGCCCUCGCAGAUGAACAGAAAAGACUCAACCCAGACUGCUGGAAACGCAAACGCACCAACUCUGGUUGUCAGGGAAAUUAAGGCUACAGAGAAGAAAAGAGGACAAAUGACAGAGCCUGUAGGAGACACACUCACUCACUCACUCACACACACACUC